CAAGCGUCCCUCAGUCCCUCCGCUAGGGGAAGGAAUGUGGCCUGGCUGGCUGGUUAGGAUCUAGGAUCGAGGAGGAGCUUUGAGGCAGGGCGGGGCAGUGGCAGGCUGAGGCGAGGGCUCCUGCUCCCUGCAUUCUCUGCUACUGAACAACAAGUCCCUGCCAUCCUUCAGGCUGUGCAGCCAUGUUCUGGGGGCUCUGACCCCACGGAAGUCCAUGGGGAGCCCCAGACUGCCGGCCCUGCUCCUGCCUCUCCUGCUGCUCAUUGGCCUCUCUGCCUCCUCUGGGAUUGGCUGCCCCUAUCUUCUGCACUGGAGCACCCACUGUCUGCUGGCCUCCCACAUGGAAGACGCACUCACUGGAGGGUCUGCUCAUAUUCCUUGCCAUACCCAGUUGGCCCUUCCUGUGUCUCUAAAGUCCUGGUGUGCUCAGCUCUGGCUCCCCGCCUGCUAUUUACACCUGCAUCUGAUGUCAAAUCCUUCAGACCUCCAGGGGGGCUGGAUCCACUUCCUGGUGCAGAAAUACAAAAAGUCAUACAAGUUCCGGUUCUGUAGGAGACACAAGAUGCCAGCAUCUGCUCAGAGGAAGCUGCUGAAUAGCUGUUGCCUGUCUGAGAAGGGUCAUCACAUUGCUGUCCCCUUCCCAGACAUCUCUCACAAGGGAUCACGCUCUAAAAGGACCCAACCUUCAUAUGCAAAGGCAAUGGAAGGUCUCCCCAGACCCAGCUCACAAAGGCAUGGAGGGCCCGAGUUCUCCUUUGAAUUGCUGCCUGAGGCACGGGCUAUUCGAGUGACCAUUCCCCCGGGACCCGAGGUCAGUGUGCGUCUUUGUCACCAAUGGGCACUAGAAUGCGAGGAGCUGAGCAGUCCCUUCGAGGCCCAGAAAAUUGUGUCUGGGGGCCAUGCUGUAGACCUGCCUUAUGAAUUCUUUCUGCCGUGUCUGUGCAUAGAGGCAUCCUACCUGAAAGAGGACACUGUGAGGUGCAAAAAAUGCCCCUUCCAGAACUGGCCUGAAGCCUAUGGCUCGGACUUCUGGAAGUCAGUGCACUUUACUGACUACAGCCAGCACAGUCAGAUGGUCAUGGCUCUAACACUCCGCUGCCCACUGAAGCUGGAGGCCUCCCUCUGCCAGAGGCAGGGCUGGCACACCCUCUGUGAAGACCUCCCCAAUGCCACGGCUCGAGAGUCACAGGGGGUGAGACAGGCCUGCCCAGGACUCCCAGGACCCUGGGGCCCAGGGCUCUGCUCCCUGACUAACUCCCUUCUCCUACCACAGUGGUAUGUUUUGGAGGGAGUAGACUUGCACCCCCAGCUCUGCUUCAAGUUCUCUUUUGGAAAUAGCAGCCACGUUGAAUGCCCCCGCAGGACUGCCCCAUCCUGGAAUGUGAGCAUGGAUACCCAGGCCCAGCAGCUGGUCCUUCACUUCUCCUCGAGGAUGCACGCCACCUUCAGUGCUGCCUGGAGCCAUCCAGGCUUGGGGCAGGACAGCUUGGUGCCCCCUGUGUAUAGCAUUAGCCAGACUCAGGGGUCAAGCCCAGUGACGCUAGACCUUAUCAUUCCCUUCCUGAAGCCAGGGAGCUGUGUCCUGGUGUGGAGGUCAGAUGUUCAAUUUUCCUGGAAGCACCUUUUGUGUCCGGAUGUCUCUCAUAGACACCUGGGGCUCUUGAUCCUGGCACUGCUGGCACUCACCACCCUCUCCGGCAUUGUUCUGGUCCUCACUCGCCGGCGCCCACUGUCAGGCCCGAGCCACGCGCGGCCGGUGUUGCUGCUGCACGCGGCGGAGUCAGAGGCGCAGCUGCGCCUGGUGGGAGCACUGGCUGAACUGCUUCGGGCAGCGCUGGGCAGCGGGUGCGACGUGAUCGUGGACCUGUGGGAGGCUACGCGCGUAGCGCGCGUGGGCCCGCUGCCGUGGCUGUGGGCGGCGCGGGCGCGCGUGGCGCAGGAGCAGGGCACCGUGCUGCUGCUGUGGAGCAGAGCCGACCCCAGUCUGGCCGGUGGUCCGGAUCCCGGCGCUGCGCCCCUGCGCGCCCUGCUCCGCGCGGCCCCGCGCCCGCUGCUGCUGCUCGCUUACUUCAGUCGCCUCUGUGCCAAGGGCGACAUUCCCCCGCCACUGCGCGCCCUGCCACGCUACCGCCUGCUGCGCGACCUGCCGCGGCUGCUGCAGGCGUUAGAUGCGCUACCUUCCACCGAAGCCGCCAGCUGGGGCCGCCUCGGGGCUCGUCCGUGCCUGCAGGGUCGCCUGGAGCUGUGCCGACGGCUGGAACGGGAGGCCGCCAAAUUUUGCCAACUGAGGCUGAGCAGAGACAGGCCUAGGGGUACUGGCUGGAACCCCUGAAUGAGCCUUCUACCCUUGAAUCCUUGGGGUGCCACCUCGGGACUACUGGCCAAAAAUCCUUACGCUGUCUGCCAACCUGGGAGCAGAGCACCUCCCUCACUGUCCCAGCCCCUUCCCCACGUGUGCCUGGCUUCUUCCUUAGGAUUACCCUUUCAGAACCAGCAGGGAGAGUUGGUCUUUACUUAGGGCUCCACCGACCCCAGUCCUGUGGGGGUGGGGGAAUCUUCCCACUUCUCUUCAAAAUUCCGGAAAGAGUAUUUUGCACAUGAACCAGUCCAGGCUGGAGAGGUUGUGGGACAGGGAUAGAGGAGGCAGGAGCUAUGGCAGUUCUGAGUGAGGGGUGACUUCAGGGGGUGGGAGAAAUUCCCUUUCUGAGCCAGGAUACUGCUUUCCCAGACUGGAGCCUAGCCCAGAGGAGGAUGGAGGGAGAGAGAGAGCCUGAUCAGGGAAAGAGGUUUCAGCCUUGAGUGGCCAGGACACAGGUGUGACUAAGAUCAAGAAAAAUAAAUAAAGGUGAAUAUAAUGGAUAAGCUAAGAGACACAAUGUGCUUCUCUACUGUGCUCAGGAUGCUGAGUUGGAGGGAGGGUCAGCACAGCCCUGCCUGGGGGUUGUUAUGCAUCAGUUUGUGGGCCCAAACCCUGCGUGUCCACACCUACAACCACAUACUCCACAUUCUCACAAGCAAUGCCUCUGAAAAGGCAAAGGAGGACCUGGAAAUUCUCACUGUGAACAGGUUCAGGAAGGUCCAUUUGUCAUGUAGCCAGCCCAUGACAACAGCACAAAUGGGGCCCCCUGUCUGCCUGGCUCUGAGUUCCUUUCCUCCAUACCACACUUGAGCAGAGGCCAGGAAGUGGUGAAAAGCCCACUUUCUGGUGCUCUUUGUCCCUGCCUUUAGAGCUCCUGUCCCACAAAGGGUCACUAAGUCCCAGGGAGUACGUGAGAAGGGACCUGGAGUGCCCAGUAUGAGGAGAUUCAAUAGGCACCAAAAUCCCAGAUUCACGUGGCAAGUGGAAAUGCCCUAAGAUUGCCCAGGCCCUCUUCCUUAGGGACUCCCAGGGUGAGUAAGAGCUCCCUUACUCAGCUGUGACUCUUCAG